CCCCAAGACUCGACUUCGCCGGAGGGAUCACAUACCUGUAACCUGGCAUUGUCUGGCAUAUCAAAGUCGCACAACAUUGACGUCUACCCAAUUCAUUCUCUCGCCGAGAAGAAAUGCGGAGCACUCUAUGCGACAGUGUGGCUCAGCGGUGAGUCUACAACAAGCUUCCAAGAUGCGCCAAGCUACACGAACUCUAACCCUGCAAACGCGAAGUGCCUCGAGACUGAAGAUGGCCGACUUGACAGCCCUGACGCCGACUCAUGA